UCUCACCUGUCAGCUGGCUUCAUUAACUUCUUCACCUACCUGGUCCCUAUGGGCAGUGGAGUCUGUGGCUUCUGUUACCCGGGACUGCGGUUCAAUCUCUCCUGCGCUGCUGAGUUUCUGCUUUGUAGCAAGCCCGUCUCAGAGUGGCAAACAGGAUGGCUAGCUCAGCCCGGGAGCACCUGCUCUUUGUGCGCCGUCGAAACCCCCAAAUGAGGUAUACACUGAGCCCAGAGAACCUCCAAAGUCUUGCUGCCCAGAGCUCUAUGCCAGAGAACAUGACCCUGCAGAGGGCCAACAGUGACACGGACCUGGUCACAUCUGAGAGCCGCUCCAGCUUGACUGCCAGCAUGUAUGAGUACACGCUGGGGCAAGCCCAGAACCUCAUCAUCUUCUGGGAUAUUAAAGAGGAGGUGGACCCCAGCGACUGGAUAGGACUGUAUCACAUAGAUGAGAAUUCUCCAGCGAAUUUCUGGGAUUCUAAAAACAGGGGUGUGACUGGAACACAAAAAGGACAGAUUGUAUGGAGAAUUGAGCCUGGGCCCUAUUUCAUGGAACCUGAAAUAAAAAUCUGUUUUAAAUACUAUCACGGCAUUAGUGGAGCUCUGCGAGCCACAACACCCUGCAUCACGGUGAAGAACCCUGCUGUGAUGAUGGGAGCAGAAGGCAUGGAAGGAGGUGCUUCAGGAAAUCAACAUCCUCGGAAACUCGUUAGCUUUACAUUGUCAGAUCUUAGGGCAGUUGGGCUAAAGAAAGGGAUGUUCUUCAAUCCUGACCCUUAUCUUAAGAUGUCCAUUCAGCCUGGGAAGAAAAGCAGUUUCCCCACCUGUGCCCAUCACGGGCAGGAGAGAAGGUCUACUAUCAUCAGUAACACCACUAAUCCAAUUUGGCACCGAGAGAAAUACUCCUUUUUUGCACUGCUUACGGAUGUUUUAGAAAUUGAAAUUAAGGACAAAUUUGCCAAAAGCCGUCCUAUCAUCAAGCGUUUCCUGGGGAAACUAACCAUUCCAGUACAGAGGCUGCUGGAGCGGCAAGCCAUCGGUGAUCAAAUGCUCAGCUACAACCUUGGCAGAAGGCUUCCGGCUGACCAUGUGAGUGGGUACCUCCAGUUUAAAGUGGAGGUUACAUCUUCUGUGCAUGAAGAUGCUUCUCCAGAAGCUGUCGGCACAAUACUUGGAGUUAAUUCUGUAAACGGAGACCUCGGGAGUCCCUCAGACGAGGAAGACAUGCCAGGGACCCAUCAUGAUGGUCCGGUGUGUUCCAACGGACCUGUUUCUGAGGACAGCGCCACUGAGGGCACCCCCAAGCAUUCUUUCAGGACUAGCUCUACUCUAGAAAUAGACACCGAGGAACUGACCUCCACUUCAUCAAGGACCUCGCCUCCCAGAGGACGUCAGGAUUCCCUCAACGAUUACUUAGAUGCUAUUGAACACAGUGGCCGCUCCAGGCCUGGUGCAGCUCCCUGCCCGGAGAGGCCCAUGGGCGCCUCCCCAAAACUGAGGAGUAGCUUCCCCACUGACACCAGACUCAAUGCAAUGCUUCACAUUGACUCAGACGAGGAAGACCACGAGUUCCAGCAGGAUCUGGGUUAUACAUCUUCCUUGGAGGAGGAGGGAGGAUUGAUCAUGGUGAGCAGCAGGACUUCGAGAACUGAUGAUGGGAGUCUGACGUCUCAGACCAAACCAGACGAGAACCCUGCGGAGGCUGAGGAAGCCUCCACAAUUGAAGCCACUUCCUUCGAGGACAAGCCUGAACCCCUUCCCGAGCUUGCAGAGAGCUCCCUACCCCCUGCCCCAGCCCCUGAGGAAAGUGACCCUGACCCAGUGUGUGAGCCCAGUGCCGAGCAGGCCAGCGCAGAGUUGUGCAGCUCCCAAGAGGUGGAUCAGCCCACCACGGGAGCCGACACGGGCACCUCUGACACGUCUGUGGGAAGCCGAAGGGCCGCCAGUGAGGCUGAGUCCAUGGACCAAGGGUCUGAGCCUUCCCAGGUGUCUUCAGAAACAGAACCCAGUGACCCUGCUAGGACGGAGAGUGUGAGUGAGGCCAGCACCAGGCCCGAGGGGGAGAGUGACCUGGAAGGGGCCGACAGCUCCUGCAACGAGAGUGUCACCACACAGCUGUCGUCCGUGGAGACCCGGUGCUCAUCUCUGGAGAGUGCCCGGUUUCCCGAGACGCCAGCCUUCUCGUCUCAGGAGGAGGAAGAAGGGGCCUGUGCAGCAGAGCCCGCCAGCAGUGACCCCGCGGAAGGGUCUCAGGAUUCUGUUUGCACGCCCGGCGCAUUGCCUGCAGUGCAGGUGCCCCUUGGGGAAGACGAAGGGCCGGGGACAGAAUCAGCCUCGCUACCUGACCAGGAGGAGGUGGGGGAGGUCUGGCAGCGGAGGGGCAGCCUGGAGGGAGCUGCUGCUGCUGCUGCUGCUACUGCUGCUGAUGUUGAUGCUGCUUCUGAGACUCCGCCUCAAGAGGAGGGAGAUGCUGGGGAGGCCCAAGGGGCUUGCGAAGGGGCCACUGCCCAGGAGGAGGAGGGCGCCACUGGAGGUUCUCAGGCCAAUGGGCACCAGCCACUACGAUCUCUGCCUUCAGUGCGUCAAGAUGUUAGCCGGUACCAGCGGGUGGAUGAGGCUCUCCCACCAAACUGGGAAGCACGCAUCGACAGCCACGGCAGGAUCUUCUAUGUGGACCAUGUCAACAGAACCACCACGUGGCAGCGGCCAACAGCUCCUCCGGCCCCACAGGUGCUGCAGCGCUCCAACUCCAUCCAGCAAAUGGAGCAGCUGAACCGGCGAUAUCAGAGUAUCCGCAGAACCAUGACUAAUGAAAGGCCUGAGGAAAAUACCAAUACUAUUGAUGGGGCAGCGGAAGAAUCUGACUUUCACCAAGCCAGUGCAGAUUUCCGCCGGGAGAAUGUUCUGCCCCACUCUACCUCCAGAUCCAGGCUCACGUUGCUGUUACAGUCUCCCCCUGUGAAGUUCCUCAUCAGCCCAGAGUUCUUCACCGUGCUGCAUUCUAACCCUAGUGCCUACCGCAUGUUUACAAACAACACGUGUUUGAAGCACAUGAUCACCAAAGUCCGGCGGGACACCCACCACUUUGAACGCUACCAGCAUAACCGGGACCUCGUGGGUUUCCUCAACAUGUUCGCGAACAAACAGCUGGAGCUGCCGAGGGGCUGGGAAAUGAAACACGAUCAUCAGGGCAAGGCAUUUUUUGUUGAUCACAACUCCCGCACCACCACUUUCAUUGAUCCUCGGCUCCCACUUCAGAGCAGUCGACCCACCAGCGCCCUGGUUCACCGACAACACCUGACAAGGCAACGCAGUCACAGUGCAGGCGAGGUAGGAGAAGAUUCUCGGCAUGCAGGACCACCAGUUCUUCCCAGGCCAUCAAGUACAUUCAAUACAGUCAGCAGGCCACAGUAUCAGGACAUGGUACCAGUGGCUUACAAUGACAAGAUCGUUGCAUUUCUGCGCCAACCCAAUAUAUUUGAAAUUCUACAAGAGCGUCAACCUGAUCUCACACGGAAUCACUCACUCAGGGAGAAGAUCCAAUUUAUAAGAACUGAAGGGACUCCAGGAUUGGUGCGCCUUUCAAGUGAUGCAGACCUUGUUAUGUUGCUAAGUUUAUUUGAAGAAGAGAUAAUGUCAUAUGUGCCUCCACAUGCCUUACUCCACCCCAGCUACUGUCAGUCCCCACGCGGCUCCCCCGUGUCCUCUCCGCAGAACUCACCAGGUACUCAGCGUGCCAAUGCCCGGGCUCCAGCCCCUUACAAGAGAGACUUUGAAGCCAAACUAAGGAACUUUUACAGGAAGUUAGAGACUAAAGGAUACGGACAAGGUCCAGGGAAAUUAAAGUUAAUUAUCAGAAGAGAUCACCUACUCGAAGAUGCUUUCAAUCAGAUUAUGGGCUACUCCAGAAAAGACCUGCAGAGAAAUAAGCUAUACGUCACCUUUGUUGGGGAGGAAGGGCUGGAUUAUAGUGGACCUUCCAGAGAGUUUUUCUUCCUGGUAUCCAGAGAACUCUUUAACCCAUAUUAUGGAUUAUUUGAAUAUUCAGCCAAUGACACAUACACAGUUCAAAUAAGUCCUAUGUCUGCUUUUGUAGACAAUCACCAUGAAUGGUUCCGGUUCAGUGGUAGAAUUCUUGGUCUUGCACUAAUACACCAGUAUUUGUUGGACGCCUUCUUCACACGACCCUUUUAUAAGGCUCUUCUCAGAAUUCUGUGUGACCUGAGUGAUCUAGAAUACCUUGAUGAAGAAUUUCACCAGAGCCUACAGUGGAUGAAAGACAAUGAUAUCCACGACAUCCUGGAUCUUACAUUCACUGUAAAUGAAGAAGUUUUUGGGCAGAUUACUGAACGUGAAUUAAAACCAGGGGGUGCCAAUAUUCCAGUUACAGAGAAGAACAAGAAGGAAUACAUCGAGAGGAUGGUGAAAUGGAGAAUUGAGAGGGGUGUUGUUCAGCAAACUGAGAGCUUAGUGCGUGGCUUCUAUGAGGUGGUGGAUGCUAGGCUAGUAUCGGUCUUUGAUGCAAGAGAAUUGGAACUGGUCAUCGCAGGCACUGCUGAAAUAGACCUGAGUGACUGGAGAAACAACACGGAAUAUAGAGGAGGAUAUCAUGACAAUCAUAUUGUAAUUCGGUGGUUCUGGGCUGCAGUGGAAAGAUUCAACAAUGAACAACGACUAAGGUUAUUACAGUUCGUUACGGGCACAUCCAGCAUUCCCUAUGAAGGAUUUGCUUCUCUCCGAGGGAGUAAUGGCCCAAGAAGAUUCUGCGUGGAAAAGUGGGGGAAGAUCACUGCUCUUCCCAGAGCUCAUACGUGUUUCAACCGUUUGGAUCUUCCCCCAUACCCAUCCUUCUCCAUGCUUUAUGAAAAACUCUUGACAGCAGUUGAAGAGACCAGUACCUUUGGACUUGAGUGAUCUGGAAGAACAAUGCCCAGCAAGUCAUGCACAGGAAAUUUCAGAAGCUGCUCUCUUGAAGAAUGACUGAACAUUGGAAAUUUCAAGAGCACGUUUCCAUGACAGGAAAGCUGAGUGCUGUUAUUUUCCAGAAACACAGGCUCUGUCACAUUUGGGGACUAGAGAGUGAUGAUGAGUCCUCUUGAAAGGAUUUGGGUGAGCUUGAUGCUCAGGGAACAACCCAACCGUCUUUCAAUCAAUAGUUCUUGACUGCCAAACUUUUUCCAUUUGUUAGGAUCCAAGGCAAAGAUGAACCUACAUAUGAUCAGCUCCAUGGUAACUUUUAGAGACUCAGGAUCGAAACUUACCUUUGAACAUGGUUCAAGCUAAACUGGCAGCACUUGGCCCCACCUACAAAUUAGUGCAAGUUAAAUAAUAUAAUAAAAGCAAAUAUAUUUCCUGAAAGUACAUUCAUUUAAGUCCUCCCUAAGUUAUAAGAGAAUAUUCAUUUUCUUGCUUAUGAGUGCCUGCAUGGUGUGCAUCAUAGGUUUCAGCUUUCAUGGGACAUGAGAGAAAAUGAAACCAAGUCCAUAUGAGGUAACUUUAAAGAUUUGCAAUAAGAUGGUUUGUGACAAUGUAUAUGCAAGUGGUUUGUGUGUAAUUAUGGCUGAAGAAAAACUGUUAUACACUGAAUUACUAACGACAGAUUUUAUGCUUUAUAAUGCAUGGUAACAAUUUUUUUUAAAAAAAUAGCAAUUAAUCACAGCAUAUCAGGAAAAAGUACACAGUGAUUUUGUUUAUUUUUUAUAGGUUCAUUAUAUUUAUGUUCUUUAAGAUGUAUAUAAGAACCUAUCAUAUCUUAUGUAUCAUUUGUUCCAUUUUCAUGUUUCAUGCUUACUUGGGCAUCAUGCUACUAUGUAUCCUCUUAAGCACUCUCAAGGGAAAAAAAGGGCCUUUUAUUUUUAUAAAGGUACAAAAAAAUCCCCCCAAAUAUUUUGCACUGAAUGUACCAAAGUUGAAGGAACAUUACAAUAUGACUUACAGCACUCCAUCACUUGACAAGUAGAAAAUAGCUUCUAAAUCAAACUUCCUUCACAGUGCCAUGCCUACCACUCAAGGACUGUGCAUCUAAGUAAUAAUUUUUUAAGACUCACUCUAUGUGAUAGUAUGAUAUGCAUUUAUUUAAAAUGCAUUAGACUCUCUUCCAUCCAUCAAAUACUUUACAGGAUGGCAUUUAAUACAGAUAUUUCGUAUUUCCCCCAUGGCUUUUUAUUUGUACAGCAUCAUCAAACUCUCCACUCAGUUAGGGAGCUAUCAGCAACACUGAAGAGGAUCAGCUCUUUUUAGUAAUAAGAAUUCCAUUUUCUCUCAUCAGCGAAGACAUCACAAAUUGAAACUCUCACUACUAUAUUUCUAAGCCUACAUUUUCACUGGUACAUAAUUUUCUUAUCAAUACUAUGAAACAACUUUUCUAUGGUAUCUCAAAAACUGCAUGACAUCGUUAAUGUUAUUUCUGCUUCAAUUUACCCAAGGAUGUCCUUCAUUUCUCUUGCUCUGGAGUUAUUCCACUUUGUUGUUUAUUUCUUAACUUAUGGCCAUGACCACUAAUCAGACACUCGGUGGUGAGAAGUUAAACCAUGGGUAAUAAAAACAUUGAAUUAACAUUUGGUUUUUCAGUUAUUGCCCAAAUGUUUCUUUAAAAUUAUGUUUUUAAGUAGCCAUAUUAUAUAUAUGGUAUUCAUAUUAUGGGAUGUUUGCAAUCUUGCAUUGUAUAGAGGCAUCUGCAUGGUUUUCAUAGGUGAUUGUAAGAACUGAUUGCUCCUCUGUUGGCUAAAUUAUGUUUACUAUUGAGACCCUCAAGAAAUACACCACUCAUGGAUACUACAGUGAGGAAGGAGAUUAUGGAGAAUAAAUUUCACAGAAAUCUGGAAUUAAAAAAAACAAAGACUCAUCUGUGUAAUUGGACAAGAAAAGAAGGAAAGAGAAAAAAUAUUUAAUUGGAAAAGUUGCUUUGUAUUUACUGAUGAUGAAUAUAGAUAUAUAUUUUAUUUGCAAAUUAUUUUAAUUUGUAUUUUUCAUUACAAAAAAGAAGUAAAACAUACUUCUAAACACAUACUUUUGAUGGUAUUAAAGAUUGUUUAGAACUGUAUCCUCAGAGUUCUAAAUAUAUAAAAGGUUACAUUCAAAACUACACUCAUAGACCACAUCAGUUUUCAGUUUUACUUUUGAGAAUUGUUUCCAUAUUUCACAUUAUUUCAUAAAAUGUAUCUCUUUAUUUCUAGAAAAUAUAUUUUUUGAUUAGGUACCUCCCUAAAUAAUUGUAAUUGUUUAGCUGCUGCUAUAAACAAAAUUGAAAAUAAUCAAAGAUGUACUUAGCAUAUCAGAACAUCAUGACAACUAAUCUAUUAUUAAUAGAGAAACAAGAUCCAAUAAUAACUAUAUAAAAUAUCAAAUUAUAUUUUCACAUAAUAAAUUAGACUUUAAUAAAUUCUACAAAUAGAAUACCCGUAAAUAUUUUUCUCUACUGUGAACCUAGAUAACUUGACUUUAUGAUCUUUUUUCUUUAAGAAAUUCCUGAGUGAUACUUCUUAUAUUAUGAAUCAUCCAUCAUACAUGUAUGUGGAACAUCUCUAAGGUGAGAGACACAUACUACUGGCAUUUACUCUGUGUCAGCCAGAGGAUAAAAUACCUCCCCCCAAGAAAAGCUUACAACUUAAAGUAGUAGACACAUAAAGUUCAGAAAGAUUUUUUUCUCUAAAGUUCUACAUGUUUUACAGCACCA